AUGAAGGAAGAGGAGGGAAACACAGCCCUACAUCUGGCAGCUAAAAAUGGCCACAGUGAAGCUGUAGAGAUUCUUCUCAAACACUGGGAUGAAAUAAAUGACCUCAAUCAGAAUGGAGAAACUCCAUUUUACUUGUCUGUUGAAGGAGGUAAUGAAAAAUGUGCCGAACUCCUACUGGAAGCAGGGAGUAACAUUGAUGUUUUAACUCACAACAACAGCAAUGCAUUGCAAGCUGCCAUUCAGAAUGGAUAUCAAUCCUUGGUCACUUUUCUUAUUGAUAAGAACAUUGACCUGGUCCCUAAACCUGAGCAGAAGAAUUCCCCUCUCCAUUUAGCAGUCAUCAGUAAUCAUCUGCUGAUAGUGAAAAAACUCUUGGAAGCGAAUCAUGAUAUAAACUUCUUAAAUCAUAGGCAGGAAACUCCUUUACAUCUGGCUGCUGAUGUUGGCAAUGUGGAGAUGGUGGAAGUGCUGCUGAAGGCAGGUUGUGACCUCAAGAUCACAGACAGGCAUGGAAAAACUGCACUUGCCGUGGCUUCAAGGAGCAAUUACGCCCUCAUUGUAGAUAUGAUCAUUAAAGCAGAAAGGCGUUAUGCCAUGGAACAGGCACACCUAGGUCAUAGUGAUGGUUGGUCAGACUCUGAUUUGUCCUUCAAACAAGACCAUAGCACACAGACCAAGCAACUCCGUUCCUCCCUGUGGAAUCUGGCGUACAAUCAUUUAAAACCCCAGGAAUGGAAAAUACUGGCCCUGUUCUGGAAGUUCACAGAUGAGCAGAUUAAAGCUAUUGAGGAACAAUGGACAGGGAAAAAAAGUUAUAAAGAACACGGCCACAGAAUGCUGCUGAUCUGGUUACACGGUACUUUGCUGGCUCAUCAGAAUCCUGUCAGGCAAAUAUUUAAAGACUUGGUGGAAGCAGGAUUUCAGCAUUUAGCUGAGAAGAUCAGAACUGAAAGUAGCACUGACAUGGAGUCCAGAAAAUGUGAAAUUUCAUGAGUUCAUUGAUAAAUGGCAUAUAUGAUGGAAUUACAUGCCAGAUGGAGAGACUUUCAUAUACAAAUAUCUUCUCUAGAAAUGAAAAUGUAUUUUGAAGCUGCAUGGCUUUAUCCAAGCUAGAAGAACUUGCUCUCUUGAAAUACUGGUUAUUCUUUGCUAUUCAAUGAUCUAAAGUGAAUGCCUAGAUGGUAAUUUAGGCCUAUAUUGUCAAGCAAGAGCCACCCUAUAAUUUCUGCACCUGCCUUAACAUUGUUAUAGUAAUUCCUUAUCAGAACUCCCCACUAAAGCUAUUUUGUGUUUGACCUAAAAUGUAAAUGAGACAUUUUCUUGCUGAAAUAAAUUUAAUAAAUGAAAAUUGUGUGUAUAAAUCAACACUUCCCAAAAUAGGUUGGCACCUCACCUCAUCUGGAAUUCAGGUUUUUAUAGUCUUGCUAGGAUUAUAGUUUUCCUAGCAGAGGAGACUUUCUUGUUUAGUUAGUGCUUAGACAAGUGUUUCCUCUUCAGCAUUUGAUUCACAUAGUAAAAAUAUACAAGAAUAGCAUCUAAAACCAUCUGUAACUAGCUACAGAAUUUUGUCAUUGCAUAACCUUGUUUAUAUACUCAAAAAAGAAUAUUUGAUAAUUUAAUACUUUACAUACAUAUUUUUAACAUUUUUAAACUUUGUUUAUGCCUUGAACUAUAUUUGGUGGUGUCCUGGAUAAUGCUUACAAGUUUUCUGACUACUGAACGCAUUUCACACUGAAAAAUGAUGUAGAAUGUCUAUCUUCAUACUCCCAUCUGUAACAUAACAGCAGGAGUUUUAGCAUAUAAUGGAAGUACUGAGGCCUUAUCUACCUCUGUAUAUCUAGCAUUAUUUGGUAUUGGACUUCAGUGUUUACAUACAAAGCUAUAAUCUGAUGUCUUAGUCUUAUGCCUAAGUCCCUUUCACGUUCAAGCCAUUUUGACAAGGCUGCAGAACUAUACAGAAGACAGAGACUGGUAAAUCCUCAGGUUUUAGAAUUCGGGAUCUAAGUUAAAACGCAAACUCUUAUACCCUGUCAGCUAUACAUCAACUUCUGCAACAUUCUGCAACUUACUUGAAAAAAUGAAAAUGCUUGACACUUUGAUAGAGUCGAGGUGUCUAACCCAACUCAUGUCAUAUCCUGGCUGUGGAGGCCACUGCCUUUAUCUAUUAUUCUCUGUUUAAGUAAGUCAACUACA